UCCCAUUUGUCUCACAUGACCAGGAGGAAGUGUCACAGAGACAUUCGUGUACAAAAUCGCUCUCGCCAAGCUAAAUAUAACCUAAAAGACCGGCCUCUGGCAACGGAUCUAGUUCCCAACAAGCCAGUUUCUUGACGUAGUUGAACGCGCACAGAUAACAGGGGCAGAAGGAAGCCGGAAUAUGUCGCACCAGACGGGAAUAUUGGCAACCGAUGAGCUGCGAGAUUUCUUUGCAGCCAGUAAGAAAGGCGGUGCAAAUGAGGGAAGAUACAGGGCUAUCAAGGUGUCCAUAGAGAAUGAGACUCUUGUUCUGUCAGACUCUGGCCUGGCUGAUGGAACAUUUGAAGAAGAUUGGGACAGUAUAGUGCUGCCCAUGCUGGAGGAGAAGCAGCCGUGUUACAUCUUCUACAGGCUGGACAGUCGGGAGAGUCAUGGAGGCUUCGAGUGGCUGUUCCUCGCUUAUUCUCCUGACCAUGCACAUAUAAGGGAAAAGAUGACAUAUGCUGCUACAAGGGCCACCCUGAAGAAGGAGUUUGGACAGGGACAGAUCAAGGAGGAAGUUUUUGGAACAGCACCUGAGGACAUCUCUCUUGCGGGCUACCACAAACACUUGCAGGCCCAGAAUGCACCUGCACCGCUGACCGAGGCAGAGGAAGAGCUCAAGUACAUCAAACAACAAGAGCUUCAAAUGAGUUGUAUUCAGGACUCACGGUUUUCAUACUACAAUCGCGGAAUGCCACCUCCCGUGGCACCAAGACCCCGUACUAGGGGAGUGAGUACCCACAUCCAUGUGGAGACUCGGCAGCAGACAGUGCAGGGUGUGGCCUUCCCCAUCGCUCAGGCUGCCGUCGCUAAACUACAGCAGCUGAAGGAAGGGCAGAUCAGCUAUGUCAGACUGGAACUGGACAUGGACAGGGAAACCAUAGAGCUGUCAGGAGCAGAGGACAUCACAGUGCAGGCCCUGCCUCAGAGGGUGCCAGAGGACCACCCCAGAUAUCACUUCUUUGUCUUCAAACACACACAUGAGGGGGACUACCAGGAAUCUGUCGUUUUCAUCUACUCGAUGCCUGGGUACAAGUGCAGCAUUAAGGAGCGGAUGUUGUACAGCAGCUGUAAGGCACCACUGCUGGACCAGACAGAACACAGCCUCGGCAUCACGGUCUCUAAAAAGGUUGAAAUUGAUGAUGGUGCCGAGUUGACGGAAGAAUUCCUGAUGGAUGAACUCCACCCAAAGAAGAAUGCGUACCGAGAAAAGUUCGCCCGGCCGCAGGGGCCCGCGGGGAAGAGAGGACCACGGCGGAUGAUCAGGGGCGCUAACACGCCUUCUAGUUAAACUUACAGUCUGGGGAAGGAUUUCACUUUUCAAA